AUGGAUGUCCUUAAGUUAUAUACUCUUCCUUUUCCUGUCAGGUCGAAAUAAAGUCUAGCGUUAUAUUUUAUCAAAAAGCUUUUUGAGGCUAUGUCGUACCUUUCUCAGUUAUCCUUGGAGACCCGAAGAAGCGGAAAAUCUUCACUUCUUUCUUUACUAGGAAAGUACAAGUACACCCCACUUGAGGAUUCUAUGAAGCUUUGCGGCCAAAGGAAAAAAAAAGGUUCUGGAAGAGAAAAAUUGGCAAUUUUGGAGCUCAUCGAUAUCCUUUUGAACCAACUUUUUUCUAUCAUUCAAUAUUAUCAGAGCAUUUUUUUGUAAGAUGCAACUUAAAUAGUGACAAAGUAAAAAAAGUCAAACAUCGGGUCAUUGGAGGCUAUAAUUUAAAACAUUUCCUUGAUAUUUGCGAUAUGAUAAUUUACCGCCCCGAGGACUUGAGAAUUAUAUACAAUUAUCAAGUAUACAUGAUAAUUUUUUUUUUACUCUCAAUCAUAAAUUCAGAAAAGGAAAGCCGAUAAAAAUGAUCUUCGCGGGUAUUGCUGGUUUCUUUGUUCUACUCGCCGUACUCUUCCAAGUUUUUUUCCUUCCCACACUUCAUGCGGUGUUUAUUUAUAUUUUGGUAAAAUGCUACCGCGAAGACAAAAAAGUAAACUUCAAUUAUUUUUAUUUUUACACAGAUGUCUGAUCCAGACCAGAAAAGAAUGGAACAUGAUCUUCUUUUAGCACGACUAUUAUAUUGCUAUCCCAACGAUGGAGAUCGUCACACUCAUCGGCUUUUUAGAGCCGAUCACCGUUCUGGUCGGCUUUGUUCGAGGAGGGAUCAGUGAGGAAGAAGUUCCUAUUUCACUGAUUGUUGGGUUGUAUUUGGCUUUUUGGUCUCCCCAUGCACUUGUGACUAUUGACGCUAUUUUAUGUCUCCACCGUCUUUUCAGCUUUUUCCAAAUCGCUCCAUGGUUCCGUAAGAAGUUCAAGUGGUGAGUUGGAACCAUACAUUACUGCCGAGUCUGGCGCGAGGUCAAUGUACCGCCAGGGACAUCGCAUUUAUCUCAGCAGUUAUUCUUACUAAGGAUCUUUUUCAAAAAAAACGGUCCUUCGUUAGUGUGGGCAGACCACUAAUCAAUGUUUCCAAGUUUUCCAAAACUAAAAGUCGGCCACCUCCUGUAGCUUUUCCUUAAAUUUUAAAAACCCCUUAAGGAGUUUUUUUUCUUAUUUUGAAAGUCUUUCCUUUCCCUUUGACUAUAUGAGAUCUCUAUUUACCUAGGUAAGACUUAAACUGAAUUUGGGGGAAGGCAGAAAGUCAAUUCUGUAGUCAGUUGCUAAACUUUGAAACUUCAACAAAAGAACACACAGAUUGGAGAAACAAUCUCAAUUGCUCAAAAAGAGCAUAAAAAAUAUAUUCGCCUUUUCCAGGUUUCUAUUCCUAUGGAUAUUUCUUUCGAUCCCGAUGUCAUGUAUACUUGGCCUUCAAAGGAUUCAAGCAUCAAUCAAUGGAAAUGAAAUGACACUGUCGACCUCGUACAUUGUAAGCUUAAUCUAUUUUCGAGAAUAUUUAUAAGAAUUUCAAUGGCAUAGUUAUUUCUUGAAGAAAGAUUAGAACGAUCUUUCGUUUAUUCCAAUUUUUUUACUUCCACUUGGAAUAACCGCCGAAGUAAACGCGAGGUGUUGGCGGUACAUUGACGAACUCGCAAAUUUUUUUUUCUAGGUACGACCUCGCAUUUUCGCAUUUCUGUUCUUGAGCUUCUGAGAAAAGCGAGAUCGCGCGUCUAGGAAAAGCGGCAUGCUUGCGAGCUCGUCAAUGUACCGCCACCGACCUCGCACUUCGCCAGUUAUCCUUAGUUUAUGCAUAUGACACCUCAUGUUUUUCCACCUUUUCAUCAAUUCAAAACCGUUCACAGAUCGCACAGACCAUCAAAAUAUUCCUGGUAAUUUUCACCUUAUCUGGCUACAUUCUAAUACUAUGGAGCGUAAACCGGCAAAAGUCGGAGAUGACUACUUCAGCUGCGAAGCAGCAAAGUCACAAGACGAUCGUCCUACAGGCCUUGCCCAUCGCCGUUUGUCCCUUUGUGAGUUUCAUGCGUUGACUAUCUUAUCAUAACUUCAAGAUAUUUCUCACUUACGACGUUCUAAUGACACUACGAAUUGAUUUCGGCACAAGCGUCAAGUUCGCGCCAAUCUUUGAUACUCUCAGUUACUACAUAUCAGGUUUAAACCCAUUUUUGAUUCUUUUUUUUUGAAUUCCGUUUGAACUGCUUUUUUUAUACCUAUUAGUUUUUAAAAACAACAUUCAGCUUAUGUCGUACCUUUCUCAUUCAUCAUUGGAAACCCGAAGAAGCGCAAAAUCUUCACUUCGUUCAGCUUCAAAUCUAAUGCAAUCUGGAGUAAAAGAACUACUAAAACUUCUGAUGUUGUCAGCAGUUGAAUAAACUAUUUUUGACAUUUUAUUGAUAUUAUACUUAUUAGAAAUAUACAUCACCAAAAUUCCAAAAAUUGGGUUAAUGAUAUUGAAACUUCUGAUUCGCAGUUAUUCCUCACUUUUUCCUUGCAAUUCAUAACAUACUACCAAAUAUAAAAAGUCGGAAAGGGUGGAAAAAGGCUCCAUAGAAAUGUUCCUUUUACGGUGACAAAGUUUUCUGUUUUGUUGCCUUUUUGCGUCAAAUCAUAGGCUCUUAUGCACCAUUUGUGUUGCUUCUGCCUUUUUCCACCACUUCUCAGCAGAAGCCUCGGAACUCUUCGAAAUUAUGUACUUUUUUGAAAAUAUUUCUAACACUAGGUAUUAAACCUCCUCGUAUCAUUUUUAAUGGACGUUUCUAAGUCCUUUAAAAAAAAACUGAUACAUACUGGUCAUUUUAACGAUAUGUUGUUACCUUCAAGCGUAAACCGGGAGAAGUCGGAGAAAACAUGAGAAGCCUUUUCUAAUGUUGCUCCUGGCCAUCUUUCGUGACUCCAACCUUAAAAUAUUAGUAUAAGUCCUGAUGUUUCCUGAAUUUAUCAUUUGAUUGAUCUAUCUUGCGAAAAACUGGCACCAGCUUCUACCACAUGGAAUUUUCUUUCCAUUACUUUACAAGUUCUGUUUUUUUUUUUUGAAAGAUUCAGCUUCGAAACUAGAAAAUCUAAAAGUUCCAAACACGAGUUUUUUUAAAAUGAGUUCAAAAAUUUUCAGAAAGAGGGUUUAUUAUUUUUUUUUUUUCGAAAAAUCCGAACCCAAAGCUGACAAAAUCUUAAAAAAAAAGUCAAACAUCGGGUCUAUGUAGGUUAUAAUUUAUAACAGCAUAUUCUUGGUAUUAGCAUUGAAAAAUUUGAUAUUUUACCGCCCCGAGUAUUCGAAAAUAAUAUACAAUUUUCAAGUUCACAUAAUAAUUUUUUUUUCUCACUUUCAAUCAUAAACUCAGAAGAAAAAGGCUGAUAAAAAAAUGUCCUUGGAGGCUGUUGCUAGUUUUUUUAUUUUAUUCUUCAUACUCUCCCAGGUUUUUUUCCUUCCCACACUUCAUGCGGUGUUCAUUUAUAUUUUUGGUUAAAUGCUAUCGCGAGGACAAAAAAAGUAAUUUUUUUAAUUAUUUUAUUAUUACACAGAUGCCAGAUCCUGACCUACAAUAAAAAAAUUAAUGAACCUUAAAUUUUUUUAGCACGACUAAUAUAUUGCUAUCCCAACGAUGGAAAUCGUUACACUCUUCGGCCUUUCAGAGCCAAUUAUCGUUCUUAUCGGCUUUGUUCGAGGAGGGAUCAGUAACGAGGAAUUUCCCCUCGCACUGCUUAUUCUGUUUUCUUUGUCUUUUUGGUCUCCCGAUGUACUUGUGACUAUUGACGCUAUUUUAUGCCUCCACCGUCUUUUCAACUUUUUCCAAAUCGCUCCAUGGUUCCGUGAGAACUUCAUGUGGUGAGUCUUAAUCAUACUUGACUGUCGAGUCGGGUGUCGAGAAAAACGCGAGGUGGAGCCUAAAAAAAAUGCAAAAUCCUGUGCGAGCACAGAGCGAGAUAUUUGCGAGUUCGUGGAAGAAAGUAAAUUCGGUGACUAGCUGCUUAGUUUGAAAAAAACAUUGGAAAAAAAAACUCUCACUCUCAAAUGCUGGACAAGACUAUAAAAAUAUACUCGCAGUUCCAGGUUUAUGUUCUUAUCGAUAAUACUUUCGAUUCCGAUGUCAUAUAUACUUGCCUUUCAAAGGAUUCUACCAUUAAGCGAUGGAGAUGAAUUGACACUCUCGACCUCGUACAUUGUAAGAUUAUUCUAUUUUCGAGAAGAUUUAUAAUAAUAAUAGUUUAUUCACUGCCAUAAAAAAACAUUAGGUAGUAUAGAAAAAGUAUAAGUGAUCAAAAUAUGACGGGUAUAAGAAUAACAAUACGCGGGAAUGAGUCUACCCCAACGAGUUGACAUGUACCCGGAAGUAAGAAAUUUUUCAUAGUAGACGAAAAGGGAUAUUUUCAUAAAAAGCUCGAUUCGGAAGAUUAUUCAAUUUGUUCCGAAGGGUUUCUGGGGGGACGUUAAAAUCUAAAUAUGAAGUUAAUUUAUUCCAAAGAGGAAUAGUCCUAGAAAAUUAGUCCUUAGAAAACUGACCAGCUGUCGUAGUCGAUGUUUUAGAAUUUCAAUGGUACUAGUUCUCUCUUAAGGGAAAUUCUAGCGAUCUUUUUGUUUGUUCAAUCUUUUUACAUCUAUCUUGAACCAAAGUUAAAAAAAUAUUACAAUUUCAAAUAGUACAGUGAUAAAUCUAUGUCAAGAAACACGAAACUUUUUUUAGUGUGGAUAUCUGAUAACAUUGAAAAAAAUAGUGUUUUAUUGUAGACAGAUUUGACAUCAGCGUGAAAAAAACUACAUUUAGUGGACUCAGUCUCGUUUCAUAGAUGAUCUGGAGUUCCAAUCAGAUCUCAAAUUCUCAUUUUUUUAAAUAAAACUUUGACGAGUUCAGAGAAUGUUUAUUUGCUCAAAAAAAUCUUUGGAGAAUCGAAAACACAACUUUCACAAGUUUCUCCUCUUAACAUAUAACUUCUCUUUUUUAUUAAUUUUCAGUUAAUGAAAAACUGUUUACAGAUCGCACAAGCUAUCAAAAUAUUCCUGGUAGUUUUUACCUUAACUGGCUACAUUUUGAUACUAUGGAGCGUAAACCGGGAAAAGUCCGCCAUGACAACCUCGGCGGCAAAGAAAGAAAGUCACAAGACCAUUGUCCUACAGGCUUUGCCCAUCGCCAUGUGUUCCUUCGUGAGUUUCAAGCUUCAAUUAUCUUAUCAUAGUUUCAAGAUAUAUUUCAUUUCUGACGUUCUACCGAAAUUACAAGUUGAUUUCGGCACGAUCGUCAGGUUCGCGUCAAACUUUGAUACUCUCCGCCACUACACACCAGGUUUAAUCCCCCUUGAACUUUGCUUGUCUUUGUGUUCCGUUUGAAGUGAUUUACAUAUAUUAAUUCUCAAAACGUCUUUCCAGGCUAUGUUGUCCCUUUCGCCUUUAUUGUUGGAAACCCAAAGAAGCGCAAAAUCUUCACUUCAUUCAGCUUCAAAUCUAAUGCAAUCUGGAGUAAAAGAACUACUAAAACUUCUGAUUUCGUCAACAGUUGA